UCUUCCCUCCCCUCCCCUCCCCUUCGCACGCCCGGCCCGGCACAGGUGCUCUCGAGCUGGGGCGAGGGGAUGAGGUGCCCCCGUGCCGCGUGGUGUGCCGGAGCGGCUCUUUAGAUCCUCCCCGGCCCAAGCCUCCCCUGCCAUGGAUGCCUCGGGGGCUCUUGCUUCGGCUCCCUCCUCCGCGGCUCCCUCGGGCUCCCGCAGCCCCAUGUUCCCCCCAGGAGCCGACAGAGAGGAGUGGGGACCGAGGUUCAAUUGUGCCCCUUCCACCUCUGCCGCAGCCUCGCAGGCGAUGCCAGCGUCUGGCCGGAAGAGGAAGGCCAACUUCUCCAAUGACGAGACCGAGACGCUGGUCUGGAAUGUGGUGCGGCACUUCAGCGCCCUGUACGGGUCCGAGGCGCUGCGGGCGCACCCCGUGCGGCGGAAGCAGCUCUGGACCCAGAUCCAAAGCCGCGUCAACUUCCUGGGCUACACCGAGCGCUCCAUCGACGACCUCAAGCACAAGUGGCGCGACCUGCGCCUGGACGUCAAGAAGAAGAUCACCUCCAAGAAGCACCUGCCCGUGAACCGCGCCGGCGGGCCGCUCCACAAGCCGCGCCUCACGCCCCUCGAGAAGAUGGUGGCUUCCACCUUCCUGCAGGCCAGCCACGACUCGGAGCCCGAGAUCAUCUUGGACCCAGACCUGUUCUUCCCCGGUGCCACCAAGCAGUCCUUCAUGCACCUGCAGCCCGGCGUCAGCCACCCCAGCAUCUACAUCGACACCAACGGGCAGCCCUCGGCGCUGCCGGAUGUGGAGGGCUCGGCGGUGCCGCGGCUGGCGGUGCAGAGCCCUGACCCUGCUGCCGUCUGCGAGUACAGCCGCGGGGAAGGGCAGAGCAGCUCAGCCGAGCCGGGCGCGGAGCUGCGCACGCCAGACGUGUCGGCCAUCUCCCCGUCCCUGCGGAACGACUCCCUCGUGUCCUACGCCUCCAUGUCCGAGGAGGAGGAGCGGGAAGGCCGCGAGGGGGAGAGGGGCCACAGCGCGGCCGCGGGGGCGCAGCCCGGGCCCGAAGCACCCCCGUCGGCGGAGGAAGACCUGAAACUGUCGCGCCAGGCCAUGCUGAUCCGCCGCUGCAGCUCCCAGGGCUCUGUCACCUCCCUGCCCGAGGACCCUCUCAACCCUGUGGACGCUCACUCGGACUGGGGCCACGAGGGGGUCUCCGACCUGCCCGCCCUGGGCCGCGGGCUCGACUCCUCGCACCCUGAGGAGCACGCGGGGGGCUCAGGCCCCGAGAUGGGUGCUUUGCCCAGGGUACUGAUGGGGCCCACCUGGGAGAAGCCUUCAGCAGAGGAGGAGCCCCCGGCCCGCUCCCCACUGCACGGAGCCCUGACCGAGGAGUCGCUGCCCUCCUCUGCCUCCCCCCCAGGAGAUGCCCCCAGUGCCCCCGGCCCACCCCGGGGCCUGGGCUGCUCCCGACUGCGGGAGGAUCACCGCCGGGAGAGCUGGAGGACUAACAUCCAUCACCUGCUGGACCUGGAGGAGCAGUGGGACCAGCUGUACCACCAGGAGCUGGCCAUGUGGCAGGAGGAGCGUGCCACCCAGCGCGAGGAGAGGGCCCGCGACCGCGAGCUGCAGUUCCGCCUGCUGGGCGUCCUGACGGACAUCCGCGACGAGCUGCGCUACCUGCGCCAGGAGCGCGCCGGCGCGCGCCAGAGCCCCGCGCCGCCGCCCCCCGACCCGCGCCCGGACCCCAGCCCGCUCCUCGAGCAGCCCAAGGCCGAGCCUGCCUUUCCCGAGCCUCAGGCUGGCGCUGCCAACUGGGCAGAGACCGCCGUGCCCGGACGAAGCCCCUUUGGAAACCGGGGCCGGGGUCGGCGUCGGGGCCGGCCGCGCGGCUCCGCCUCCCGACACAGACGGCUCUUCCUCGCCAACAGCUAGGGAUGGGCAGGGACUGCCAAGGACACGGCGUGCCCACUGCCCUCCCGGCACCCGCAGUGGGUGCCAGGCUGUGGGCGGAGGGACGUGCACGUAGGAAACGUUGUCCGUGGGUCGUGGUGUGCCCGAGCCAGCUCGGUGCCUGCCUGACCGGCACACCCAGACCCCCCCCGUGAGUGUGGGGAAGGCACAGGCGGGCACGGGCGACUGACUCUGGGCACACUUGUGCCCAGGGCGGGGUUAGAGCUGUACACACGCGUGUGUAAGGCUGGGCGAGCGCCAGGGAGGCCUGGCUGUGCCCGUGGCCGUGCCUCUGCCACGGCAGGGCCCGUGAGCGAGCGGGGCGCAGGCGUGUGGCAGCGGGGCCGCGGGACAGCGCUAGUCGAGUAGGAUUACUACCUUGGGGGGGACACGGGAGGAGGGCGGGGGGUUAGGACACUUAGUCGCUGAUGUGCGAACCUUUUAUGCAAAUCAUUUAAUGACCUAAUUUGCAUAUAACC